AUGGCGAUGGCGACAGUGCGGCGCCGUGCGGUGUAUGCCCUGGCGGUGCUUGCGCUGCUGUGCGGCUGCUGCUCCUCCGUGUGCGGGGCGACUUCAUCAGAAUUCUAUGCGGUGGAGGUGUCGUGUCAGAACAAUGAAGGGAAAUUAAGUUUGCGUUUUCCUGGCGAGGCCUCUUCUGAUUGGAAGGAGUGUCCGCAGGCAGUGAAUUAUUAUGCGCUUCGUAAGGCCGAGAUGGCCGGUGCAGACAAGAGUGGCAGUGAGCAGAUUUGCCUCCUUGCCGAAUCACUGUACCUGUUAUCCAGCUGCCACUCGAACUGCACUUCCUCAGCAGGGGAGAACGGUAAUGCAGUUGCGUUCACGAUGUAUUUUACGGCAGAGAGCGCUGAAUCUACCGAGGAGCUGAAAGGCAAAACCGUUACCCUCGACGGAACUCGUGGCGAUUUACUUGGCACUUCUGGCGUGUGUGUGGUACCACAAUCCCAUCAACCCGCAACUGGACCGACGCCUGGAGAUCAACCUCCGGUGGUCCAACCAUCACAAACAGAAACAACGUCAUCUUCGGAGGGAACUCACCACGAUGGCAGUUUGGCAGGCAGCAGUGCAAGUACUGGAGUCUCUCCUCCUAAUGCUGCUGAGCAGUCAGGCAGUGCGGGACCCACAGGGAGUCAGGGAACAUUAACAUCACCGACUGGCGGUGCGGAUUCAUCAAAAGCCACAGGAGACGGUGCGGCGCAAGCACCCUCAGCCUCCGCACAGCCAUCCGGCACCUCCACUUCCAACACUCCCGCUGGCAGCGAUGGUGGAAGCGCCACUACAACCACGACCAGCAGCAGCCCCAGUGGUGGGAAACACACAAAAGGCAACGCGGACGGCAGCGGCACGCUCACUGUGUGGGUGCGUGGCACGCUGCUGCUGCUGCUGACGGCUGCUGUUGCAUGUGCUGCUGGGGAGUGA